AUGCAAGGCCGUUCAUAUGAAGGCAAGACAGGAGAUUCACCCUCUGCUGUGGAUCCCGUACGGUCACCAGCCAAGAAACCUCGCGCGCUGGUCAAAUCCAUAGCCAGUGGCGGAACCCUACCUAUUGCCUUACAAGACCCAUCUACAUCGCACUUAGAUCAAGUUUCGAAGUAUUACAUAGAUUACUAUAACGAACGCAUAUGCAAGCUAUUCAUCGUCUACGACAGCGACAAAAACCCACUCCGGAGUCUGAUCCCCUUCGGAAUGAAAGAGCCAAUCUUACAAAAGGCCAUUCUCGCUCUCGCGGCACGGCACCACGCCAACUCAGGUCAGUCGUUUUAUCAGCUUGAAGCGCCGACAUCUCCUGGCCUCAUCAAUGCCAAUCGCGACGCACUGCUGUUCAAGCAUCAAGCUAUGGAAGCUCUGUCCCGGGCUUUGGGCAAUGCAAAUUCAAAUUCAUCCAAGAAGGAUACUACUGUUGCUAGUAUAUUUCUGCUUAUCUUUUUGGAUCUUCUGGAGUCUGGGAGUGAUGGCUGGAAUUUCCAUCUCGAGGGCGCUAAGAGUUUGAUUUCUUCUCAGCGGUUGCUCUUGGGGGAUGCUGGUGUCAAUAAUGGACCUGGUCAGACGGUUCGGGAGAUCCGGGGAUUUAUUGCUAAGCAAAUACACCUGAUCGAGACUCUGGGAGCAACCUUCCUACGACCUAAGUUACUUUCUGAAUUCAUUUUCGCCGACCAGGAAGAAUCUUCAUCCCAAGAAGCUAUUGAGAAAUCCUUCCUUGGAUGUCCGGAAUACCUAUUGACAGCGAUACAAUUCCUCUCGAGCGAACGAGACACCAUCGCGGGAUCGAAGCUCGAUCAAGCUGCCAUCCAAACACAUAUCCAAGAUACAACAGCCAUGCUAUCCCUCAUCCAGAACUUCGAUUGUUACGCCUGGGCCUCGAGCCUUCAACACUCCAGGCAAUCAUCUGCAAAAGAAAUAAGCAAUCUCUGCUCCCUAUCGCAGGCAUACAAGAUCGGGGCUUUGGUAUAUGGCAGACGAGUCCUGGAUGCCCUCACAGAGGACGUGACCCUGCAAGAUGACUUGGUAUCGGAGUUACUUGGUCUGAUUGAUGCGUUGAAAGAAGACGAGGCACUCUUCAAGUGUAUUCUAUGGGCUAUUUUUGUUGCGGUUGUUUGA